AUGGCGUACGUUUCUCAUUACUUCUCUCCAGACAUUUAUCAUUCAUUAACUCCUCACCAACAAUCUCGAGAUCGAUAUGUCGUCAUCUUCUUAGAGUCGUUUGGCAGGUGCUCCUCAUCUGUGAAUUCUGCCUGCUCUGUUUCUGGAGGUGAGGAAGUAUCAGGCGCGGCGGUGAAAUCAUGUGGCUUUCCCAUGCUUCUGGUCGACGUUAAUAACUUCAUGCUUACAGUCACAGAUCUUCCCUUACUGAUUCGGAUAAAUGAUGCAACAAAAUUUGAUGAGAACCAUACCGGUUUCACCCCUGCCUGUAGCUUUGGGUUUCGUAAUCAAAUCGAGCUAAUUGGACUACACGCAACUUCCAGGUUUUGUGAUACUGCUGAAGGUGUGUUUGUGUGUUUUGAUGGUGUGAUGAGUAAGUUACAUAACCUCAAAGCAAGCAAAGCUGGCCAGAUGCUAUAUGGAAAGCAAGACUUCCACUUUCCAGAUCAGGGAGGUUGCGAUGAUGAUGGGGACGACGGUAUAGAUGAUAAUCCAGUGUCGACUAAGCUGAUGCUGUAG